GUCUCGGCCUCGGCGCGCGGCGCCGCGGGAGGGGCUCCUGAGAACCGUGGCGAGCUCCCGGGCCUGCGGCGGUUCGCGGGCGAGUGCGGGGGAAGAAGCCCGGUGCGCGGCAGGAAUGGGCGCCGGGGCGCCGUCCCCGGGUGAUGCGGACAAAUGGGGUCUCUCUCCUUGUUUCAGGAUUGGGAACCUAUGCCACCCUCACCUGCUCAACUGAGAGAGGAAUUACCAUGCCAGGUAAAGGGAAAAGAGGAAAAGGCCGGGGCAAGUCUCAUGGGAAGAAGCAGAAGAGACCAGAAGUGGACAUCCUCAGCCCAGCCGCGAUGCUGAACCUCUACUACGUCGCCCACAACAUCACCGACUGCCUUCGCCUGCGGGGCUUCCGGUGGCCAGGUGCUCCCAAGUCAAAAGGGAAAAACAAGACUUAAGUGAUAGCAUUUCACAGCAUAUCUACAGAGAACAGAACUUGGGGAAGAGAAAUAGGGAGAAUACGACUUUUAGAAGCAAAAUAGACUUUACUGAAAGCGGCUUGAGUUGCAAGCUAAGUGUGCUUUUCUAAGUGUGAUAGUUAAUGAUAAAGAAAUGCACUUCAUUUCUUCAGCUAAAUCCAGGUAUGGUUAGCCACUUUGGUUUUUCAGAAGUUAAGGGCAAAAAAGUCUGAAUAUUCCUACAUAGCAUGGUGAAAUUGAUAGGACUUUAAAAAAUUAUUGUAAUUCUGGGUCAGAAUUAAACCUUGCUCUCAAAAGGCUGUUCUCUCUUGCAUGAGUUUUUUUCUUGUGCCAAAGGGGGUUUGUUAUUUAGAGAUGUGGCAA